CAGCCGCGGGCGCUGGAGUCCUGAAGCAUGGCAGGGGCGGGGCCGGGGGAGGCGCGCACGGAGCAGGCUGGGGCGUCCCUCGCCCCGGCCCUUUGAGCCCGGACCUGACAGAGAUGUGAUAAUGGAUCAUCAUGUUUCCACUAUCAAACCUCGAAGAAUCCAAAACCAAAAUGUCAUUCACCGCUUGGAGCGCCGGCGGAUCAGUUCAGGCAAGGCAGGUACCCACUGGCACCAGGUCCGAGUAUUCCACCAGAAUGUCUUCCCCAACUUCACAGUCGUCAACGUUGAAAAGCCUCCCUGUUUCUUGCGUAAAUUCUCACCCGACGGACGCUACUUUAUCGCCUUUUCUUCGGACCAGACGUCUCUUGAAAUUUAUGAAUACCAGGGCUGCCAAGCAGCAGAGGACCUACUGCAGGGAUAUGACGGGGAGAUCCUGUCCAACGGCAACGACCAGCGGUCGGUCAACAUCCGAGGCCGGCUCUUUGAACGCUUUUUUGUCCUGCUGCACAUUACCAACGUGGCGGCCAACGGGGAGCACCUGAACCGCGAGUGCAGCCUCUUCACCGAUGACUGCCGGUGUGUCAUCGUGGGCUCCGCCGCCUACCUCCCAGAUGAACCGCACCCUCCUUUCUAUGAGGUGUAUCGGAACAGUGAGUCAGUGACCCCCAACCCGCGGUCCCCGCUCGAGGACUACUCGCUCCACAUCAUUGACCUUCACACCGGCCGCUUAUGCGAUACGCGCACAUUCAAGUGUGAUAAAGUGGUCCUGUCACACAACCAGGGGCUGUACUUGUACAAAAACAUCCUGGCCAUCUUGUCAGUGCAGCAGCAGACCAUCCACGUCUUCCAGGUGACGCCCGAAGGCACUUUCAUCGACGUGCGGACCAUCGGCCGUUUCUGCUACGAGGACGACCUGCUCACUGUGUCAGCCGUUUUCCCCGAGGUGCAGCGCGACAGUCAGACAGGCAUGGCCAACCCCUUUAGAGAUCCGUUCAUCAACUCCCUGAAACACCGGCUGCUGGUCUAUCUGUGGCGCCGGGCAGAGCAGGACGGUAGCGCUAUGGCCAAGAGGCGCUUCUUCCAGUUUUUCGACCAACUGCGGCAGUUGCGCAUGUGGAAGAUGCAGCUUCUGGAUGAAAACCAUCUGUUUAUCAAGUACACGAGUGAGGACGUAGUCACAUUACGGGUCACAGAUCCAUCACAGGCAUCUUUCUUUGUGGUGUACAACAUGGUGACUACAGAGGUGAUUGCCGUGUUCGAGAAUACGUCAGAUGAGCUUCUGGAGCUCUUCGAGAACUUCUGUGACCUCUUCCGUAAUGCCACGCUGCACAGCGAAGUCCAGUUUCCUUGCUCAGCUUCUAGCAACAAUUUUGCAAGGCAGAUCCAGCGCCGGUUCAAAGACACUAUUAUAAAUGCCAAGUAUGGAGGGCACACGGAGGCGGUACGCCGGCUGCUGGGUCAGCUUCCCAUCAGCGCCCAGUCUUACAGCGGUAGCCCCUACCUGGAUUUGUCUCUCUUUAGCUACGAUGACAAGUGGGUGUCCGUCAUGGAGCGGCCCAAGACUUGUGGAGACCACCCCAUCAGGUUCUAUGCCCGGGACUCUGGCCUACUGAAGUUUGAGAUCCAGGCAGGCUUACUGGGCCGCCCCAUCAACCACACAGUGCGACGCCUUGUGGCCUUCACCUUUCACCCUUUCGAGCCUUUUGCUAUUUCUGUACAGAGGACUAAUGCCGAGUAUGUUGUCAACUUCCACAUGCAACACUGCUGCACGUAGGUGCCUCACCAAAGCCCGGUUAGCUCGUCUUUCAGAACUUUGUCCCUUCUUGUCUCAUGGACUCUAACGCCAAAGCUCCUGCCCAGCAGCUUUGCUGAGUCUAGACUGGAAGCCCUCCGUUAGGAGAGAGCCAGAGAGAGGAGCAGGAGGCUCCACCAAAUGAAUUUUUUUAUUGUGUUCAGUACUGCUGCUGAUUCAUUUAAAGCCCCCUUGUCUUUUCCUUGUGAGAAUGCCCAGCACUAGGUAAGUCCACUCAACUUUGGUUUUAUGUUGUCUUUCAUUGCUGUGAAGAUCAGAGCAUUACACCGUUACCCCCUCCGUGUCACUUCUUUAGCAUUAUGGUAUACAGCCUGAAGCAGGCGGAUCUCAUUUACUCGUGAGAACCAUGAACAUCCUUUCUACUUCGCCAACAAGCAGGGCUAUCUUUGUAAGAAAAAAAAAAAUAAAGCCUUGUUAUUUUCUUA